AAUUCUAAUUAUUCAGCAAAUAAUUUAUAGCAAUACAUACAAAUACAUGACUACGCGCAAACAUGACAAAAUUAUUUAUUAGAAAUAUCCGUGUGUCGUCUAUUAAUUUAUAUAAAAAUUACACAACUAUAACCAAACCGGCAACAUCACUAAAAAUAAAUGAUAAAGAAUUUGUUACCGACGAUUACACGAACAUUACACCAAAGAUUUUGUCAUAUUUAAAUAGAGAUUUGCACUUGAAAAAGGACAAUCCAAUAUCUAUAGUCCGGCAACGGAUUGUGAAUUAUUUUUAUUCAUCUUUUACGCAUGGAGGGAACCCAAUAUUUAGCGUUUACGACAAUCUAUCUCCUGUGGUGACUACAAAGCAAAACUUUGAUGAUUUGUUAAUACCUGAGGACCAUCCAAGCAGGACCAAAUCUGACUGUUACUAUGUGAAUAGGAAGACACUACUAAGGGCACAUAUGACCGCACACCAGAGUGAACUACUCCGCUCAGGUCUGGACAACUUCCUUAUGAUUGGUGAUGUAUACAGGAGAGAUGAAAUUGAUUCAACACACUUUCCAGUCUUUCAUCAAGUUGAUGCAGUAAGAUCACAAAGAAAGGAACAAUUAUUUCAAGAACAUUCUGGAUUGGAGCUUUUCGAGCCCAUGUUUGACUCAAAAAACCCACACAUGUUUGAGAAUUCAAUAAAUGAUCCUAAUAAACAAAGUUGUCACAGUUUAGAGGCAACAAAAUUAAUGGAAACACAGCUUAAGACCCAUUUAAUUGGUUUAGUUCAUGCACUAUUUGGUGAUAAUGUUAAACAUAGAUGGGUUGAUGCAUACUUCCCAUUUACGCAUCCAUCAUGGGAAUUGGAAAUAUUUUAUGAGAACAAUUGGUUAGAAGUUCUCGGUUGUGGUAUUGUACGGAAUGAGAUAUUAGCAAAUGCAGGACCUAACAACACAAUAGCUUAUGCAUUCGGACUUGGUUUAGAAAGAAUUGCUAUGGCAUUAUAUAAGAUACCUGAUAUUCGAUUGAUGUGGAGCGAGGAUUCAGGAUUUGUAUCACAAUUUCAGAAUAAGAAAUUGAAUGAAAAGAUUACUUAUAAAGCCGUAUCAUCCUAUCCUCAGUGUACAAAUGAUAUUUCAUUUUGGCUGCCAUCCGAUGUUACGAUUGACACAUUUACGAAUAAUGACUUUUAUGAUCUAGUGAGAGAUGUUGGGGGAGAUAUAAUUGAACAGGUAAAAUUAAAAGAUAAAUUUGUUCAUCCAAAGACAAAGAAGCAUAGUCUAUGUUAUAGUAUAAUAUAUAGACAUUUGGAACGGACUCUAACGCAGGCUGAAGUUAACAAAGUACAUAAGGAAAUUGAAAAAGCAAUUGUUAAAGCAUUUAAUGUUGUUAUAAGAUAA